UUUUGGGGCAGGCAGUUAUCUGUGACAUCAGGCAGAACCUUAGUAAACUGUUACUACCAGCACCUGGUAACACCAUUGUUAAUCAUGUGUAGUAAAGAGACAUCAGGGCUAGCAUGAGUCAUUUAUAGAGCCAGUUGGGGCUAGAAAAGAGAGAGAAAGAAAGAGGAAGGCAGGAAGAGAUCAAACAAACACUGUGAGGAGCAGGAUGUCCUGGCAAGACAAAGCCAGGCUAUGAGCAUCAUGUAUGUGAGUUAUCUUUUGGAUAAAGAAACCAGCAUGUAUCCAGGAUCCGUAAGGUGCAGCAACAACAACAACAACCUGCCAGUGCAAAACUUUGUCUCGACUCCAUCCUAUUCAGAUUACAUGGGAUAUCAUCAUGUGCCAAGUAUGGACAACCAAGGACAGUCUUCGGGAGCUUGGGGAUCUCACUAUGGCACGCAAAGGGAGGAUUGGAAUACUUAUGGCCCAGGACCCUCCAGCACAGUUACUGCUGCACAAAUCAAUGGCUCGUCUCCUGGGCAGAUCUCCUACAGCUCUGCUGAUUACAAUUCCCUGAAUCCUGCUGGAUCUGGGGUUUUACCUCCUGUAGGUACAAUUAACACAGAGCAAAUCUCUCCCAACAGUCAAAGGCACAGCUCUUAUGAAUGGAUGAGGAAAACGGUGCAAUCCACUUCCACAGGUAAAACAAGAACAAGAGAGAAGUACCGGGUGGUUUACACAGAUCAUCAGAGAUUAGAACUGGAGAAGGAAUUUCAUUACAACAGAUACAUUACAAUCAGGAGGAAGUCUGAACUUGCAGCAAACCUAAGACUUUCCGAGAGACAGGUGAAAAUCUGGUUCCAGAAUCGCAGAGCCAAAGAAAGAAAAUUAAUGAAGAAGAAAAUGACUCAUUUUGAUGGCACCAGCCUUGGCUCUAUGCAGAGUGACUCUGGCUCAGUGAGCCCCAUCCCAGUACAUAACCCACAGACUCAUUCAGAAAUGUCCAGUUCUUUAUUUCCCCCGCCACCUCCUCCGCUUCCAAUGAAUAGCUUACAGCACAAUGGGAACCUUCAGCAGGUUGUGGCUUCUCAGUAAGGCCAUUCAAAGAGUUAUUUUAUAAAGAACAUUAUAAACCAACUGUACAUGGAGCACUACCAUUCAAAAGGGGACUGGACAGCCAGAGCUGUUUUGCAAGAGAUCCUAGCAUCACAACAGCCUUGUGCACACAGGCUCCACUUACAAUCCCCGGGGCCUGUGAAAGGGCAGUGGAACCCCCCCAAAGCCAAUGGAACUAUUGUGUGAAAAGGGUCCUGGAUGGAUGCUACAAGGGGAUGCCAGGCCCUCUCUGGACCACAAAGCAGGCAUUUCCCAUGGCAGUGCAGAGGGUGGGCUGGGAACAAGGGGUGUCCAGUUGUUCUGCUGCUAUGUGGAUCCACUAGCCAAAAGACAUAGGAAGAGGACCACAGGCAAUGCUGCAUUCCUGAGAGCAAAACAGGGACUGUGCAUGUGCUCUGUACCCUGCCACUGGAUUAAGAGGGAAGAUUCCUCCCCCUUCUCAUCCUUAUGUAGGUCCCAUGUGCUAAUUUCACUUUCUCAAACUUUGCACAUGGGUCCAGGUUUUGGCCCUGAAAAACUAGUUCAUGCUUUGGGCUACUUCAUUGAAAACCUAGAUCAAGGUGGCUACAGACUGCUGAGUUAUUGUUGGGGAGGGGUCCAGCUUGAUUUUUUUUUUUUUAAACAGAAAUCACUUCCAAGGCUAAAUAAUACUAGAACAAACACGCGCUCUUCAAAUCAUCCCAUAAAUGUUUCUGGAGAAACAUUAUGGAACUGUGAACGUUGGCCCAUUUUCACUCAUGGUGGAAGAGAUCAUUUCAGUCCAUUUUGUUUCUUAAAGAAAUAGUGAAGGGAGAAAAAUUCUUAAAACUUAGAUAUACUUAAGGGAACAAUUUCAUUUUGUGAGACAAUGAAACCAUAGAUAAAGACACAGAUAAUGCAUCCAAGUAAUGUUUAAAUUCCUUGAAAUUUAGUCUGGUUUUCAGACAUAUUAAUAUUAAAAAAUUGAAAGGCCAAAUUAAUGGAAGACUAAGCAAACCAAUAUCUUUGUUGAAUAUAACCUCUGGCCAAUAUUUUAAAUGGGUCCCUAAUACCGAGGAGCCAAAUCCAUAUUUAGGCACCUAAAUAAGUAGCCUGAUUUUGAAAAGUGGUGCCAUCUCAUUGGGAGCUACUGGGUACUCAGCACUUUUGAAAGUGUGGCUACUUAUUUAGAUGGUUAUCUAUGGAUUUAGGGGCCUAGCUUUAGGCACCAAGGGUAAAAUUUUCAA